AUGCUAGACGAAGUGAAGAAUCACCUCUCCUCAGACGAUGAGGCCGUACGGGCUGUGUCUACAAUGGUCAACAAGACAGUCCAGGCGAUGAAUCAGUUCAAAAUGGUCCGAAAACAUAUGUUGAACACUAAAUCCUCCGACUGCCCCUCCACAUCUAAAACUAAUGGGCCCGGUACCCCGUCCUCCCCACCCAGCGACAAAGAACCCACGACUCGCCGCAAACGAUCUCGCACUGAAAAAGACACUACUGUUGUGGAUUCCCAAUGGCAGCCAUCUCCAAUUGUGCUCGAUGACCCCCGAGCCUCGAAGCGUAAGCGGGAUACACAAAGCACCCCACAUCCAGAUUACUCGCAACCUUUAUACCACGAGGCCCCCGAAUCUCACGAAACAGAAGACAUAUCGGAGGAGGUCCAGCGACGACUACGAAUCAAAGAAGAGCGGCGUCGCAAAAAAGAAGUUCCUCAGUCGGCAAAACGGAAACGAGAGAGCAUGUCGCCUGGGUCGUCUCGACGUCGGAAGAAGCUGGCAAAGGUGGGCAAUGAACCAAAUGAGGGCCAGGCAGGGUUUGGAGCUGAAAGCGGUCGAAUGAGAAAGGCGAAGAAGAUGCGGUGA